CCUGGAGGCAGAGGAGAGCUCUGCGGGAGGUCGGGGUUUGGGGGGAGGCGGCAAGGCCGUUCCCCAUCUCUGACGUCUUCCUGUCUCCACCGCACAGUGGCUGCUCCCCUCCCCAACCCCUAACCCACCCCCAGCCCCAGCCCCGCCCCUCCCUCCUCUUCCAUCCCUUCCCUUCUGGUCUCUGUCUGCCCGAUUCAAUGAGAGCUGCAGGUUCCGGAGGAGGCCGGGGGGCCGCUGAGCUCCGGCAGCGGGCAGCGGAGGGCGGCGCCAGGGGGCACAAACUGGACCCCGGGGAGCGAGCCCGCACGGCCUAACGUCCCCCUGCCCCUCCCGGGCCGCCCGGCCCCGGGGAGCGCGGGCAGAGGAGCCUCGGGGCGCUCGGGUCCGGGACAGGUCCCGAGCCCUGAGGGGAGCCGAAGGAGCCUCCCCCGCUGGCAGCCCUGCCCCGCGCGGACGGGGAGCCCGGAGUCCUGCCCUGCUGCGCCCGGCGGGACCAUGGUGCUGUCGGUGCCCAUCAUCGCGCUGGGCGCCACGCUGGGCACGGCCACCAGCAUCCUUGCCCUGUGCGGCUUCACCUGCCUGUGCCGCCGCCUGAACCCCAAGCCCGGACUCCAGGAUCAGGACCGAGGCCAGGAUGCCGAGAAGGCGACGGCCGGCGUGCUUCGGCCCGCCCAGCAGCAGCAGUUCAAUAUUAAAAAAUCCACGGAACCCGUUCAGCCCAGAACUCUCCUGAAGUUCCCGGACAUCUAUGGACCUAAGCCAUCAGUGACCGCCCCGGAAGUCAUCAACUAUGCUGAUUAUACCCUGAGGACCACUGAGGAAGACCCAGUCCCCGCCAGCACCUCAGCCCUGAAUGACAGUCGCCUCAAAAGGCAGGUCACAGAGGAGCUCUUCAUCCUUCCUCAGAAUGGUGUGGUGGAGGACGUCUGUGUGAUCGAGGCGUGGAACCCAGAGAAGGCUGCCAGCUGGAACCAGGCCCCCAAACUCCACUACUCCCUGGGCUACGAUCCCCAGAAGGCCCAGCUGUCUGUGACGCUGCUGGAAGCUGUGACAGCGGACCAUGAUGUGGGCUGUGAUUGCUACAUCCAAGGAAGCUUGGCAAGUGGGUCGGCCACUGUUGAGGCACAGACAGCCCUGAAGAAGAGGUUGCCACAUACCACCUGGGAGGAGACUCUGGUUUUCCCCCUUCCUGAGGAGCAGCGGCCAGCGGCCACCUUGACCUUGACUUUGAGAACCUGCGACAGGUUCUCCCGGCACAGCGUGGUGGGUGAGCUCCAGCUGCACCUGGAUGGGCUACCCCUGGGGACAGCCCAGUGGGGGGAGCUGAAGACCUCAGCCAAGGCCCUGGCCACUGGCUCCGGCGAAGUCCUUCUCUCCAUCAGCUACCUCCCGGCGGCCAACCGACUCCUCGUGGUCCUGAUCAAGGCGAAGAAUCUGCAUUCUAACCAAUCCAAAGAUGUCCUGGGGAAGGAUGUCUCCGUCAAGGUGACCUUGAAGCAUCAGGCCCUGAAACUCAAGAAGAAGCAGACCAAGCGGGCCAAACAUAAGCUGAAUCCAGUGUGGAAUGAGAUGAUUAUGUUCGAGGUGCCCGACGACCUCCUGCGGGCUUCCAGCGUGGAGCUGGAAAUGCUGGGCCAGGACGAGGCCGGUCAGAGCCACGUGCUCGGCCGCUGCAGCCUGGGCCUGCACUCCUCUGGCACCCAGCGCAGCCACUGGGAAGAGAUGCUCAAGAACCCCCGCCGGCAGAUCGCCAUGUGGCACCAGCUCCAGAUGUAGCCUCCGCCGGGAUGGCAAGCCCUGUCUUCCUUGUCUCGCCCACCCUCCUCCAUCUGUCUCCCUCCUUCUCCCCAUUUCACCCUCAGUCAGUCGUGGGUUCAGAUGACUCUGGAAGGUGUUUGGGAAGGUUGUGUUUGGGAAGGUCGAUCCCUGUGCCGUCAGUCAGGUCGUCUCUCAGUGAGCAUUAAUUAAACAGUUACUGUAUACUGAGAAAAAAAGCCUUUGAUCUCUGACCACAGAGCCCAAAUGGGACCUCUGUGGUUGUGCUACUGAGUACAGCCAGUAAUUCCCUUCCUACUUACCAAAAAGAUGGGUGAGUUACAGCCUGUGUGCAUGAGACAGCCCACACACAGAUGGGCAGACAGGCCCUGGAAAAAGGCAAAGGAAAGCUUGAUCUGACAAACAUUUCAUUAUUUUUGAAAUGCCUAUUCUUGAACACCGUGUUCUUUUUUAUUGAGUAAAUAAAAGUUUCCCUAUUUUUUUAAGAAUUAAAAGAACCCCAGAAUGUCAAUGGGGAAGCACUUUCAAGGUCAUGCAGUCCCACCCCAAUAACCCAGGAAUAAACUCUUCAGUAUCCCUGAAACAUAGUCAAAUUAAUCAAGAAACAACUAUUAAACACAGGUCCAUCCUCUGCUUGAAUCCAUCCGGUGAUGGAGAACUGGAGGGGUAGAAAGAGGGCUGAGUUUGCAGUCACAGAAUCGGGGUUCCAAUCUUGACUAUUUCUUAGUUCCUGUGUUACCUGGAGCAAGAGAGGCUGUUAAAGGAGGUUUAAUUAUAUGAUCUCUAACAUCCCUUCCAGCUCCAAAUCUAUGAUCCUAAUGAGGCAAUGAGCUGUUUUUUAAAAUAAAUUUUAUUGAUUCUUUUUUGUUUUUAAACCACGAUUCUAGAUAUACCUCUCUCCCUCUUCCAGCUUUAAAUCCAAAGCCCUCUGAACAAAUAAUAAUCUGGAUUCUUGUUCUGGCUCUAUCACUUGCUUUCCUUGUAUUUAUAGUUACAUUGUGCCUCUGGGUCUCAGUUUCCUUAUCUGUCAAAUGGAGGCACUCAAGCUACUACCUAUCUUGCAGGGUGAGAAAACUCCUUUUGUAAGGAAUAAAGUACUGCAGAAGUAUCAGCCACCAUUAUUAACUUAAUUACAUAGUCCUUGAAUCAAGCUUUUCUCUGCAUUUUGGCAGUGCAUGCAAGGGUCCACCCAUUAGCAAACGGGCAAUUUCCCAGGGCUUAGUGACAUG